AUGCCUCCAACACAAAUCCAAUCUAAUUCAGUAAUAAAUUCACACAAUAUUAAUAACAAUCAUCAAGUUGACUUUCCUGUUGACUCCAUUAUAAGCGAACCUAAACUCUAUGUAAGUGACUUACAAUUUAGUAUCACUGAAAAUGAACUUCGUGACUUAUUUGAGGACAUUCAACCCACAAGUACCCUUCUUCCUCGUUUGAAACGCGAAUUGGAAAUAUUGGAGCGUGAUCCACCUCCAGGCAUUAUAUGUUAUCCUGUUGAUGAUAGUUUAAUGCAUUUCUGUGCACGAAUAAAAGGCCCAAAGGAUACACCAUAUGAAGAAGGUAUAUUCAAAGUAGACGUUGUUAUUCCUCCAAGAUAUCCUUUAGAACCACCCAGAAUGCAAUUCUUGACACCAAUUUAUCAUCCAAAUAUUGAUGAUGUUGGUAGAAUUUGUCUUGAUAUUUUAACAAUGCCUCCUAAAGGGUCAUGGAAACCUUCAUUAAACAUUUCUACUACACUAACAUCUUUAAGCAUCUUGAUGGCUGAUCCAAAUCCUGAUGACCCACUUAUACCAGAAAUUGUAUGGAAAUAUAACAAUUCAACAAUAAUGUGA